CAACCCUCUGUUGGACACACUCAACCAACUCACCAAGUCACGGUCAAGUCCCUCAUUCAUCCAGGGCAUCUCCACGAGCUUCACAACUUCCUCCUACACUUCAGACCCUCACUUGACGACCAUCCUUCGUUUGAACCCCUUCGUCUUUCCUUCCGCACUCCGCAGGUCCUGUUGCGCGUUCGUCAACACAGCAGCCAUACCUCAACAGCAUCAUUCUCCUACGAUAAAUCACACCUCCUCUGAUCUCAUUGCAGGCGUGUGCAGAAUUACUCGUUGAUGAUGGUAUAAUCCGGACCUCCCCCCUUGUUGAACUGUACCAAAAUGGAGCCACCAGAGCCGGCACAGCAGAACGGAGGAAAUUCUGACGUGGAAGAGAAGUUUGAAGAUGCUACCGACGUGAACGAGGAGUCUAAACCAGACGCCUCUCCAGAAGAUCAUUCUCCGUCCGUUCCCAGUAGCCCUACCGAACCGCAGCCGGCUUCUGAGCCUCAACCGCCCCCAUCGUCACAAUCUGAAACUGGAUCAAACAAUCGAGACAGUGCGCAGAGCUCGGAGUCGGAAGUACCAACGAAACAAACAGAUGGCACCCCAGCCGACAGUCCAAGUUCCGCACAUCCCUCUGAGGUUCAGGCUGUCCCUUCCCUCAAGGCCCCAGAAGAGGCGGCCGACCAAGCGAAUCAGCCAGAAAAAACAGAUCCUCCUAAACCUCCUGCUCGUCCCUCUAGAUUUCAGGGAUUCUCAGCUUCUCUGCCCUCUGUGUCGUGGGGUGCGCCUCCCAACAGAAAAGCUUCAGACGCACGAGCGCCGUCGCCGCAGCCGCCGCCGCCACCACCACCUGCUCAAACCUCAUCCUUUGGCCGUAAAGUUACAACCCCUUUUGGCUGGUUAAGCCGAGCCACCUCCACGCCCAAGGAAACUCGUUCGCCUCCUUUAUCAUCAAAAGCACAAGUCGACGCUCGCCGGAAUACUACUGCAUCUGGGUCGACUCUCGGCAGCAAUCCAGAUCUGAUGUUGAAAACUCUAGAAGAUGCACAAGAUGGAUCAAAUGGUCCCAAACAGCCGUCGAGAGCCUCCUUGAGGGAGCAGUUCAAGAUGUUGCGGCUUCGGGAAGAGGCAGGCAUAACUAGCCUGGAAGGUACGGACAAUGCGGAGGGUGGUGCGAUAGCCGGACUAAUAGGACGAUCAACGAGCCUGGGGGUCGGCAUUGCGACACCAGGCACUAUCGGUCAGGAUGAGGCAGUGGUUACGACACCAGUCAUGUCACCAUCAUCACCAAUGACGGAAUCAAUACCCAUAAAUCCCAGCCUGGCUCAAGGCACUGUCGCAGGAGUCGCAGCAGCAGCGGCAGAUACAGCGACACCUAUUGACUGGGACUUCUGGCAAAAUGUUGUCAAUGAAGGGCCCCAGGCUGUCGCCAAAACGAGUCCCGAUGAAUUCACGCAGGCUAUCACCGGUGGAAUUCCACAAACCAUCCGACCAGUCAUAUGGCAAGUUCUGGCUGGCAGUAAAAACGAAGAGCUUGAAGCUGUCUAUUGGGAUUUACGGAAUCGUGGGACAAACGCUGAAGUGAAGGAAGCACCCCCCAAAUCACCUUUACUCAACGGCCACCACGUCAAUGGCAGUGUGAAGGAGAAGGAAUCUGUCGCGUCAUCACGGUCUUCAAUUCGAUCGGAUCAUUCGACACCGGCUACUAGUGCUACUGUCGGAUUGGCUUCUCCUUCACCCUCCCAAGAACAGACCGACCCAAUGGUUGCUGCAAGGCUCCAGACUCAACUAGCGGCCGAGAAGGCCAAGAAGGCCAAAGAAGAUUCGGCAGCGCUGGCCAAGCUUGAGAAGAUGAUAAAGCGAGACAUGGGCUCAAGAACCUCAUAUUCAAAGUAUGUGGCAGCAGCGGGCUUACAAGACGGUCUUUUCCAUGUGUGUCGAGCAUAUGCGCUCUUCGAUGAUGCGGUGGGCUAUCCUCAAGGCAUGAACUUCGUCGUUAUGCCUUUGCUCUUUACCAUGCCCGAAGAAGAGGCUUUUUGUCUUCUGGUUCGGCUGAUGAACAAAUAUCAACUGCGGGACCUUUUUAUUCAGGACAUGCCGGGUCUACACCUUCAUCUUUACCAAUUCGAAAGAUUAUUAGAGGACCUGGAACCAGCCUUAUACUGUCAUCUCAACCGGCGAGGCGUCAAUCCAAAGUUAUACGCAACACAAUGGUUUUUGACUUUGUUUGCGUACCGAUUCCCCUUACAACUCGUCAUGCGUGUUUUCGACUUGAUACUGUGUGAAGGCCUUGAAGGCGCGAUACUCAAGUUUGGUAUGGCGGUUAUACAACGCAACGUCCAAACACUUUUGGCCAUGAACGACAUGCAAGCGUUGACCAACUUUCUCAAAGAAAAAUUGUUCGACGUAUACACCGACGCAACACCGUCAUCAAAGUCGAUAUUGGAGUCUGGGUUUUUCGGCAGUUCAGGUGGUUCGGAUACCGAAGUGUAUCGAGCAGAUUUGCUCGUUCAAGAUGCUUGUGCUGUCAAGCUCACUCCUGAGAUGCUCGCUCGAUAUCGCGAGGAAUACGAAACCACAACAAAAGCCGAUAGAGCCCGUGAGACCGAGCUCGAGAAUCUCAGAACUGAUUGCGCCACCAAGGCUUCUCAAAUUCGAUCUCUGGAGACGCGGGCCGAAAAAUCAGACGCCGAACACGUCGAGCUUGCAAAUGAGCUAGUCAGGCUCAAGGUCGAAAAUGGCGACCUUUUGGACCGGAAUGAAAGUUUGACUGGACAGGUGGAGGAACUGAAAAAGGUGGCUCAGACCGAGGCCGCCAAUGUCGAAGAGAGAAUGAGAGCCGGCACCGAACAAGUCAUGCAACGCAACAUUGAAGUACAGAAUCAGAACCGUCACAUGGAAGAGCAAAUGGCCGAGAUGGAAAAAGAGCUUGUGGAGAUGAAGAUGAAGUAUGCUGAGCUUAACGGUGAACACGAAGGGCUCAAGCAGAAAUGGAACGACUUGAAGCGAGCUCUUGAAUGAUUUUCCCUUUUCCUACCCAACACACUGUAAACAUGGCUUCCGGCUUCUUGAUGACCAUCAACAGUACUAUUGUCUGACUGGACUACAUUCCUCAGGUCUCUUUGUGUACAUCUAUCUUCUAGGGCAGUUAACUGACCUUCCGGUUCUGACGUUCGGCUUUGUGACAACGCGGGAUGGCUUGUAUAUGAGAAGCCUGUGUCGGUGGACUUGUAUUUCGUGGUUCUUGACGUGACAAGACGACGGACUCGCCGGCGUUGAUGGCCAAUCUGGCGUCCCAAUCUGGCGUACGGGGUGGGAUGGAACUGGUUCGAAAUGAAGCCGCGUGUCAAAGACGUGGGCAUGUUUUUUUUAAUUGUGCAGUGGUUUCCCACCACACGGCCAAAGGGGUGUUGGUUGGGCAAGGAUUGUAUCGUAUCGUAUUGAUACACGGCUUUUGACGGACGACACUUCGAAAAUAGAUAAAAGAGAUACCACCUACGUGAUAUGACAUAUGGGGGUUUUUUGUUAUUUCCCAUCAACGGAAACGAAGAACAUGGGUAGUUCCGAGUAUAUCGACACGGUGUUUCUCAUGCCUUUGCAGAGGGGGCUUGUUUGAGUUUGAUUGAUACU